AUGAUGCUUUCCGCUCUCUUUUCCAUCAUUCCUCUGGUUGCGGCUCUGCCGUCAUCCCACCACUCCUCGUCCAAGAGCUCCAAUGGUGCCUUCGGCGUUGUCGCUGCCCACUCCGGCUCUCCCAUUCACCUCGAGCCUCUGACUGCUUCCGGCACUAACUUCUGGCUGGGUGGCAAGUCUGCUACUUACUGUCCCUCGGAGGUGGUCCCCAACUGCCCCAACACCACCGAGACCGUGAUCUACGGCGGGCACUACUUGGUCCCCGGUGGACAGGCUAUUUACGUUGACCCCCGUGGAGCUCUGCGUUUCACUCAGGCACACUCGGCCUACGAGCCUACUGGCUCCUCGCAGGGCCCCUUCGUGUACACCCCUCCCAGCAGCCCUAGCAGCACCUUCGGCUACUGGUCCUACACCGGCUGGGGUGCCUCUGGCUUCAUGGCCUGCCCUGUUCCGGCUAAGAACGCGACUGCAGUUCCGUUCCGUAGCCGUGCCGCCCCUGCCGCUACCAAAUAUCAGGUGUUCGCCGCGCUGCGCAACGCUACUGUUCCCACUGGCAAUGUGAACGACUGCCUUGGCUUCGAUGCCCUUGCUGUCCCGACCAACUCCACCAAGGGUAUGGCCUGGGAGUACAUCUAA